CUGUACUAAAACAUCAAACACGCUCGUCUGCUUCAUAUAUUUCGUUUCCGGUGGAUUAACUUGUGUAGAAUACAUUUGUUUCAUAUUGGUGCUAAUAACGAGAACAUCCUCCGAUGGAUUCACCACCAUCCAUUUUAUAAUCUGGUCGCAUAGUUUGUUAUUCUCCAAUGUAUCUGACGGCAGCAAAACAUCCCUAACAAACUUGUAAUUAUCUUUGUCUUCAACUCUUUCAAAAAACUGUACAUAUUGCGUACCACACGCUGUAAUAAACCCUUUAGAAUAACUGACGAUUGCUGUCACUCCAUGCGUCCUUGCGACAUCGUUUGGAAGAUUCAAAUAUUGGAAUACGUUAAAAUCGAGUCUUAAAUCCGUACCUUCAAUAAACAACACUCUUCCAUUGCCUGUACCCACCAAAAGACGCUCGUUCGCAUCCCAACAAUAGCAUUUGAAAUCUCGAGGUUCGAUCUUCGGGAAAUUGAACUGUUUGAAGUUACCUUCGACGAAUCGGAAUGAUUUUAGAAGUCCAUUGCCAAAAGCAUACACGUUAAGAUGAUCCUGAGGAUUGAAGCUGAUAAAAUUAAGAGUCUCUGGUACCAGAGAAGUCGUGACUUUGGCUGUUAUGAGUAGUCUCGAUUUUUCCCAUGACCAGUAAAGGAGAGUUCGUGAUGGGUCGUCACAUAUGGCUAUGAUACAUCGAGAAUCAGAUGAAAAAGAUAAACUAAGGAUUUUACAAGAAAAUAAUUCUGGACAAACUAAUGUCUUCUUUUUCCGCAAAGCAAACAAAUCAAGAAUGUUUAUAGACGGUUUUUCGUAUUUCAAACCAACAGCAGUAUAGUUACGGUUAGGACUAAUAGCCAUGGCAGUUAUUUCAGCUCCUUUCUCUGACGCUAAGAGCAAUCGCAUAGUCUUCUGUUCGGUGUUAAAAAAGACACAGUAACAACCACACGGAUAAAGGAUCGUUUGUUCAUCAAGAUAAAAAACAUUGCUAGAAAUAUCCGAGUUGAUUCCAAUCAAAUAUUUUAUUGUCGCUGUAGAGAUAGCCAUUUUGAAUAGAAAUAAAUUCCCUGACUUUUCUUGUCGCUUUUGUUAUAAGUUAAAAAUGAAAUUAAAUCUCAAAACGAGACGUCACAUGAUGCUAGUCAGGUGACCCAAAUUUUAUUCUAAUGGACAGCCUCCCAUUUUUUCCUAUUUUUUCGACAUUUUGAUAUUUAUUUAUUCAUUCAUUCAUUCAUUUAUUUAUUUAUUUACUAAAGUUCUGUUAUGCUACCAACACACACGGACACACUCACACACACAUUUCCGACGAAUGAAAAGCAUACAUCUCCCAACGAAUUUCACUUACAUGCACGCAUCUUUUAACAAAUUUAAGGCACCUACUCACAAACACACAUACAUAUCUUUUAACGAAUUUGUGGUACACACAUACACACACUCACAUACUUUUGAUGAAUUUAAGGUAGAAAUACACACACGCAUCUUUCGACGAAUUAAAAACACGCACGUCCACAUACACACGCAUACGAACACACUCACAUACCACAACACAUCUACAUACAUAUAUACGCGCACACAACUACGUACUCACACACACACACACACACACGUUUUGAGUUAUUUACAAAACACCACACACAUAUACACACACCUUUUAAGAAAUUUAUGGUUCACACGCACAUACUUCUUUUGACAAACUUAAUACACACUUACACAAACAUAUCUUUAUAUCUAUCAUUUCAUAAUAGAGUUAUUAUUAAUAAACUCUUUUAACAUUGUUCAUAGCAAUCUGCUCAAAACCUCUCUUGCUUCUAUAGCAUAAACUUUCUGUUUUAAACUAAUUUAAAAACAUUCCAUCAAAAUUUACACCUUACACCAGAUAGUUAUUUUGCUAAGUUUUUCAUUAUUUUCAAAAUUAAUUGAAACAAAGAUGGUGAAUUUCAAGAGAAAUAUGGUGAUACAAGGAUUAAAUAUUUUAUGACUCUAUCAGUCUCUGUGUUCUGUGACUCACCAGAGACCAUUCCUUGGUUCUACGAUACAAACUUCCUGUUUCAAACUGAUCUUAAUUAAAACCUUCCAUCAAAAUUUCACCUUAAUUUAUGUUCCAAACACCAGCUCAAUAAUCCCUUCUCCUGUAGACACAAAGCCUGAAAUUUGGAGGAAGGGAUUAAGUCAAUUACACCGACCCCAGUGCGUAACUGGUACUUAUUUAAUCGACUCCGAAAGGAUGAAAGGCAAAGUCGACCUCGGCGGAAUUUGAACAUAUGAAAUACCGCUAAGCAUUUCGCCUGGCAUGCUAAUGAUUCUUAUUUCUUUAUUGCCCACAAAGGGCUAAACAUAGAGGGGACAAACAAGGACAGACAAAGGGAUUAAGUCGAUUACAUCGACCCCAGUGCGUAACUGGUACUUAAUUUAUCAACCCCGAAAGGAUGAAAGGCAAAGUCGACCUCGGCGGAAUUUGAACUCAGAACGUAAGGGCAGACAAAAUACCGCUAAGCACUUCGCCUGGCAUGCUAAUGAUUCUGCCAGCUUACCACCUUCUCCAGCGCAAUAAUCACAAAAGUAUUUCACUAAAUUCUUCAUUAUUUUCAAAAUUAAUUGAAACAAAGGAAAUGCAAUAUUUCAACAGAAAUAUGAUAAUAAAAGAACCAUGUCGAAAAUAUUUGUAUGUGUUACUAUUCUUCUUACAAUACUGGUCCCUAAAGCCAUCAGCUGGCCUGACAAGGUUUCUGAGGAAGCUUGCGUGAAUAAGAUACCACCCAAAUGGCCAUCACCCCAGACAUCACAGCCACCAUAUAAGAUUUUGCUGUCAGAUAAUUUUUAUAAAGCAAAUGACAUUAUAAAUGUGACUGUAAAAGGUCAAAAUAGCACUAAACUCCAAGAGUUGUACUUGGUCAUUGUAUCUGACGAGAAAGUUUCACAAAAUUUGGGUACAUUUGAUGUACCAUUCCAUACAGACGGAACAUUGUGUAGGAACCAGAGCAAAAACUCCUAUUUUUCAUACAACAACAGCAGCAGCAACAGGAAUUUCAUCACAACAACUUGGAAAGCUCCAGAAAAAUCUUUCGGAAAACUCUUGGUUAUUGCAACUGUAGUUCAGGGAAAGACAAAAUACUGGAUGAAUGUCAAUACAACACUAUAUGCUGCCUCAACAACAGAUAAUGAUGAUUGUGGAAAGCACAAAGGAUGUUUGGAUUGUGAAGAUGGAUGUCUCAUUUCUUGGAUUCCAAGCAAGGAUAAGAAAACGGUUCACUUUGAAUUUUCAUUACCAACACAAUCUGAGAACGUAUAUCUUGCCUUGGGGAUUUCCCCUGAACCUCAAAUGGAUGGAGAUCAUGUGAUUGAAUGUGUCCAAGGAAACUCAAUGCACAUCCUACGUACGUCGCAUAACACGAAACAUCACAACCAACUGAUUCCAGUUCCUCCUGGUGUCAUAAACAAUCCCAACAUUUCCUAUGUUGAUGGAAUUCUGAAAUGUAAAUUCAGUUCUCUGGUUAAUUCUAAGACCGAUGCAUUACCUGCACUAGACCAAGCCUGGUAUCUGGAGUAUGCUGUGGGAAAUGUAAAGGUCAAUGGAAAAGAAUUGGUAAAACAAUUUCAUUCACGAAAGGCAGCCAGCAACUCUAGAAUAAAACUAACAGAAGUCGAAGUCAUUGAAAACUCAAUUCCAGCUUUAGUUAAACUUCAUGUCUUCAUGAUGGUCCUGGCUUGGUUGCUAUUCAACAAUUUGGCGAUAAAUAUUGCUCGCAACUAUAAAGACCUUAAACCAGAUUGUACUCUCUGUGGGUCUAAGAUUUGGUUCCAGCUCCAUCGGUUGCUGAUUGCACUUACUGCUCUUUUCACCCUGAUUGGAAUCAUCGCAAUAUUCGUCCAUGUCAAUGGUUUCAGCACAUUUGACAGCAGUGCCCCAGGACCUUACACAGCCCAUCCACUCAUUGGCUUACUCAUUGUGUUUCUUGUUUUAGUAAAUAUUUUCUUGGGUCUACUUCGACCUGAUCUUAAAAGUAGCGAUCGACCAUUCUUCAAUAUAGUUCAUCGGAGUGUUGGAAUGACAUGUCAAAUAUUGUCAAUUGCCUCCAUUUGCACUGGUGCCUACAUACUGAAUAGUUAUACAGACUUGAUCUACGGGCUUAUGAUCUUUUAUGUGGUAUACAUGGUUUUAUUAAACAUAAUGCUAUUCAUCAUUGACAAUUGUUAUUUAAACAAUAAUCACAAAUGCAGAGAUGACAGCAUCAACAAGUUGCGGAUAUUCAAAAAUCUUUUACUUCCGAUACAUAGCAUCAUCCAAUUGGUUCUUGCUGCGUUCGUGGCAUCGUAUGCAGUGGCAGGAGACUAAAACGGGUGGAAGGUUGAAUCUAAGGAACUACAAAUGGAUGCAAGCAGACAAAUACACAAUCACAUACACACAUAUACACACUCAUUCACAUUUGCACAUAAGCAUCCAUUUACACACACACACAAAAUCAUACAUACAUACAUACAUAAAUGCAUACAGGUGUGACUGUGUAGUAAGAAGGCACAGGUAUGGCUAUGUGGUAAAAAGCUUGCUUCUUAACCACAUGGUUCCAGGUUCAGUUCCACUGCAUGGCACCCUGGGCAAAUGUCUUUUACUAUAGCCUCAGCCUUGUGAGUGGAUUUGAUAGAAACUGAAAGAAGCUCGUUCAAUAUAUAUAUAUAUAUAUAUGUGUGUGUGUGUGUGUUGGAAGGUUUGGAGGUGAUGUACAGGAAUUAUAUAUUAGAAAAAAUAAUAAUCAGGUACUCAGAUAUCUGGAUGGUUGUAUAUUUACAGAUGUUUAUUCAUAUGUCACAUGUUUUAUAAAUUAGCACUUUCACCUAGUCUUGUGACAUAUGAAUAAAAAUCUGUAAAUAUAUAACCAUCCAGACAUCUGAGUACCUGAUUAUUAUUUUUUCUAAUAUAUAUAUAUAUAUAUAUAUAUAUAUAUAUAUAUACACAUACACAUGUGUGCGUGUCUUUGUGUCUAUGUUUGUCAUCCUGUUACUGCUUGACAACUGGUGUUGGUGUGUUUAUGUCCCUCUAACUUAGUGGUCUGGCAAAAGAGACUGAUAGAGUAAGUACUAGGCUUUAAAAAUAAAAUAAGUCCUGGGGGUAGAUUUAUUCAACUAAAACCCUUCAAGGUGGUGCUCCAGUAUGUCUGCAGUCAAAUGACUGAAACGAGUAAAAAAUAAAAGAAUGUGUGUGUGUGUGCACGCAUGCGCGUGUACGUGUGUGUGUGUGUGUAUACUUAUGUAUAAACAGGGUGUUUGGCCUAAAUUUGACAGUUUGCAUAAAAAGAAAAGAAAAUUUAACAUACCAUCCAAAAAUAAAAUUAUUAUAAAAAAAUCAAACUAUCAACUAGAUUAUGACCGGGAGAUAACUGUUUACUCAAGAUGGCUCCAGAACCUGGCACAUAAAAUGUAUAAUUGGAACAGUAUAAUUAUACAAGACUUUUCUAAAGUUUAGCAUGUAUCAAUUACUGUUGUUGUUAAGCAAAAUCUACACAUGAAACUUUCAUUUUUUUUGUUAGGGACCAGCACUUUCUUUAGAAGAACUUGGAUAAUUCAAAUAGAAAUGAUCAUACACACACAUAUAUCUAUACAUGCUUACAAGGAUAUACACAUAAACAUAGAUACACACAGAAAAAUAGAUACAUACACAAACAUAUUAGUAAGUGUGUGUGCAUACACAUAUACACACUCACUAACAGAGAAAGAGCACAAGGAACAAAUGGAUGCGUGUACACAAACACAUGCACACACGCACUUACAUUCAAACAAGCACACUCAUAUUCACACAUGCGCACAUUCACACAUACACUCACGUUCACACAAGCACACAUUCACACGCAUAUAUGCUUGCUCCACUACACACAAAUAUGCAUACGCAUGCACACAUACACACACCCUCAUACACACACUUUCAUACACACACUCUCAUAUCUGUUGAUUAUGUCAUACAUACACAUGUUAUGUCACACAUGUGUGUGUGUAUGUGUGUUUCUAAAGUGAAUAUCAAUGUUUGUUCUAUAUCAAGUCGUAUUAAAAUGAAAUAAUCAAAAACAAA